AUGGGCAAGAUCGCCAGCAAGAUCUGGUCCAAAGGCUUGCUUUGUGGCCAUGGCGUCCCAGAGAUGCAUGAAGAGCUGCGGCCCCUAGCUUACUGGUCCAGGGAGGAGUUGCUGAAGGCCUACCAGCGCUUCCUGGAUGCCGGCGAGCCUGACAUGGACUGUCACAGCUUUUUAGAGGCGUUCCAAUGCUUCCGGGACACUGCGCAGUCAAAGGCAGCUUUCAAGAUGUUGCACCCGAAGAAGAGCAAGGUGGACGGCAACACCGUUUUCGCCGUGGCAGUGUUGACCUCAAACCAAAGCUACAUCUCUCGGAUGUCCCUGAUCUUCAGCAUUUUUGACCUGGAUAACGAUGGCCAGCUGAGCAAGCCGGAGUUCUGCAUCGCAAUCCGAUCCGCACUGGAGGGCCUUCAUCGCUGGUUUGUAGGUGUGGCCAUGCCAACAGAUGUGGAGUUGGAGGUGGCCAUGGACGACUUGUUCAAGAGGAUGGACUCCAACAGAUCCGGCUUUCUCACCAUGGGAGAAUUCUUGGUUCAUGCCUACCGAAACCGUGAUUUGCAGGAGAUGGUGAACCACCUGCCCUGGGAGGAUAUGCGCCCCUUUGAGAGCUUGGCGAAGUUCCAGAGGAUCCCGAUCUACACGCCAGGAGAUGGCACGACGCAGCAUGCGAUGCACACUUCGUCGCCAACAGGCUCCGGCUCCAGACCAGGCUCGUCUGCAAGUGGGCAGGUGCCAAGGACUCUGGAUCAGCAUGGCCCCAUGCGAUCUCCUCGCAACCAAAG